GCAGCUCCCAUCAACGUGAAGUUGCUGCUCAUCGGAAACUCCUCUGUAGGAAAGAGCAGCUUGUUGCUGAGGUUCUCGGACGAGCAGUGGUUGCCCGAGGACGAGGCGAGUGCGACGAUUGGGGUGGAUUUUCGGGUGCAUAAGAUGGAUGUGAACGGGAAGAAAGUCAAGUUGAGCAUAUGGGAUACAGCUGGACAGGAGCGCUUCCGGACUAUCACUUCCUCGUAUUACCGCGGCGCGCAGGGCAUCAUUCUGGUGUACGAUGUGGCGAACCGCGAAUCUUUCGAUGCGCUUCCACGAUGGUACUCCGAACUCGAAACAUACGUCUCUGAAUCGGUCGUCAAGAUCGUGGUCGGAAAUAAAGUAGACAAGGAGUUCUCUCGCCAAGUCCCGACACACGAGGCGGAGGCCUUCGCGGAGCGCAUGAACAGCCUCUUCGUCGAGGCGAGCGCCAAGACGUCGGUCGGUGUGCGCGAUGCGUUCCGCAAUGUCGUCGAGCGCAUCAUCGACACGCCGGAGCUGUGGGAGUCGUCCAAGACGAAGGCGCGCGGUAAGGACGGUGCAGGCGGAGCUAAUGCGGGGAGCGGCAGUGGCAGUAUGCCCGGG